AUGCUGUCCAUGACAUCAGUAGUCAAGGCUGCCAACUUUAUUCUUGCAAGACCAUCAUUGGCAACCAUCGUUAAGCCAAUUGCCAAAGCUUUCACCUCAUAUGCUGGAUACAGAGAGAUGGGAUUGAAAUUUAAUGAUUUAUUAAUGGAGGAAAAUCCAAUCAUGCAAACAGCCAUUAAAAGAUUACCACCAUCAGAAAGUUAUGCAAGAAACUAUAGAAUUUUGAGUGCUAUGCAAUUAUCACUUUCACAUCAAAUCUUAUCUCCUGAAAAGGCUUUGAAACCGGAAGAAGAUGACCAUUAUUUGAUUCCUUAUAUAUUAGAAGCUGAAAAAGAAGCUUUCGAAAAGGCUGAAUUAGAUAAUAUUGAAGUUAAGAGUAAUUAA